UGACAACAAGUCAGGAUCGCAGCGGAGGGGAGGGAAGACAAGACAAGCGGCUCUGCACUCGCUAUCGUUUCCUCCAUGGCGUUUUACAAGGAUGACGCCCAGGAGGACGUGAGCGAGUGUCCCGUGUGCUACGAAAACCUGUGCGUCACCAAGAGGACUCUGAGCUGUGGACAUGUGUUCUGUCACGACUGCCUGGUGAAAACACUGGUGAGCAUCCACACGGACGGAAACAUCCGGGACACCAUUGCGUGUCCCAUCUGCAGACACCUCACCUUCAUCAGGAAGCAAAAAGACGAGCCGCUCACCCAGACGGAGAGGAAAGGUGACCAUGAGGAUGGAACCGGAGGGCAGAUCUUGGAGGUCCCCGUCAGAACCCCUCAGCCACCGCCGGUCCACUUCCAGGAGACCCCAGCUCCGUCAGGAGCCGGGUGGGUAAGGGACUGUUUUGACCGGGUUUCGGAGCGCUUCCGCCGGCAGAGGCUCAACAGUCCUCGUGGCGGCGCCUCCCAGAUCUUCAUCAUCAGCGCCCAAGGGAGACCCAUGACCGAGGAGGACUCUUACAGCCUGGUGAUGACCGUGGUGCACCCGCAGCCCAGGCGGAGGUACAGGGUGUGCACCACCGCUCGGUGGCUGCUGGUGCUGCUGUCCAUCUUCACCGUGCUGGCACUGGUGGCUGCGAUACUACCCUGGAUCCUACUCGCCUGAGAAUGAAGACUAAGGUGCCGUUAUUCGGAAGAUCGUGGGUCCAAAGAACACUUGAAACCUCAUGACCUUAAAGACACUGAAACGCAAGAAAAGUGCUGCUUGUUGUUGUUGUUGGAUGUGUGUUGCCAGGCAACAGGAAAACAUGCCAGCGUCAUAUUUGAUGGUCUCAAACGUCACAUUUUAACUUUCCGUGCAGCUCUUUAAAUAAUCAAUGAAGGAGAUGCUGUAAGAAGACACCCCUCCAGAAGCGGAGCAUUGAAUUUCUCCCAGACGACAACAUGGAUCUUUGCUGUGAUACCCGAAGAGGAACUAUGUUGUUUGUAAAAGCUUUAAAGCCGUGACUCGCAUUGCACAACACUGACAUUCAGUGGCAAACGUUGUUUCCUUUUGUGUGUGUGAGCGGCAUGCGUGCAUGCAUGCAUCCCGUCCGGCCUGUCUUACUUGUUACAAACUGAACACAACAUACCGGCUUUCUCCAGGCCGGACAAGGGGAGGGCUGAAAAAUGGACAGAUUUGUUUAUGUUCACGUGCUUGAUUUCGUCUAAUAGUUUGCGGUUGAUUCAUUUGAUGGUUAAAAAGAAAGAAAUUAGAAGGGUUAAAAGAACUGUGCAAUAAAACUAGAGAAAGACUACUCCCCUUCUUUGUAGAGCGAUACAGCACCAUCUAGUGGCUUUCUGGAGGUAUUGCUGGUGUAGUAGUAUAGUACUGUACUCUAUCAUCCUAAAACUGUGUUAAUGGCACUUUAAAUAGUACUGUAGUCAAAUUAAAUAAAUAAAAUUAAAUAAAGAAAAACUCAAAACACUAUUGGGAUGUAUCAAUAUUACACACAAAUAUGUUAGUGAUGUAUUACUAUUACACAUACUAUCUAAAACAAUUGAUGACAAACAUGUUAGUGAUGUAUUAAUAUUAAACCUUUGUUUGACUUUAAUUAUUUUAUGUAAAAAAAAAAAAUUCAACAACACUUUUGUAUUUAAUGUGCAUACAUUUUGAGGAAUAUCAUUUAGAAAGUAA